AUGGGCGAGAGCACCAGCCCCAUCAGCGUGAUCCUGGUGAGCUCGGGCAGCCGCGGCAACAAGCUGCUGUUCCGCUUCCCGUUCCAGCGCGGCGCCGAGCACCCCGCCGCGCAGGACAACAAACCAAGGAGUCGAUACGCUGUGAAUGGCUCUGGUGACACCACAGAAGAUCAAGAUGGGGACUCCAGAGACCAAUGUCCUCUAACUGAUGAGCAAUUGGUUUCGGGGUUUUCAGAUGUCAUCCUGGCAACAAUUCUGGCCACCAAGUCAGAUAUGUGUGGCAAAAAGUUCGAGCUGAAGAUCGAUAACGUUCGCUUCGUUGGCCAUCCCACCUUGCUCCAACACGCCCUCGGGCAGGUAUCCAAAACUGAUCCCUCACCAAAGAGAGAGAUGCCCACUAUGAUUCUGUUCAACGUGGUGUUUGCACUAAGGGCCAACGCGGAUCCGUCGGUGAUAAACUGCCUGCACAACCUGUCCCGCAGGAUCGCCAUCGUCCUGCAGCACGAGGAGCGCCGCUGCCAGUACCUCACCAGGGAGGCCAAGCUCAUCCUGGCCAUCCAGGAUGAGGUGUCUGCCAUGUCAGAAACCACAGAAGGGCCACAGUCACCUUUUCAUCACAUCCUACCCAAGUGCAAACUGGCCAGAGAUCUCAAAGAGACAUAUGACAGUCUCUGCACGACAGGGGUGGUUCGUUUGCACAUCAACAACUGGCUGGAGGUGAGUUUCUGCCUCCCUCACAAAAUCCACUAUGUUGCCACCAACUUCAUACCCCCAGAAGCAAUCGAGAGGAGUCUGAAAUCCAUCAGGCCUUACCAUGCCUUAUUACUUUUAAAUGAUGAGAAGUCGUUGCUUAAUGAGCUCCCGUUGGACUGCUCUCCUGCCCUGGUGAGAGUAAUUAAAACUACCUCUGCUGUGAAGAAUUUGCAGCAACUGGCUCAAGAUGCUGACUUGGCAUUGCUGCAGGUUUUCCAGCUUGCUGCACAUCUCGUUUACUGGGGAAAAGCAAUUAUUAUUUAUCCUCUUUGUGAAAACAAUGUCUACAUGCUCUCUCCAAAUGCCAGUGUCUGUCUUUACUCUCCGUUGGCAGAGGCGUUUUCCUGCCAGUUCCGUGGCCACAACCUGCCAUCCAUGCUCUCCAAGUUCUCCCUCCCCGUGUCCCUCUCGGAGUUCAAGAACCCGCUGGCGCCGCCCGUGCAGGAGACCCAGCUCAUUCAGAUGGUGAUAUGGAUGCUGCAGCACAGGCUCCUGAUCCAGCUCCACACCUACGUGUGCCUGAUGGUGCCCCCGAACGAGGAGGAUCUCCGGGCCCAGGAUGAGGACAUGCCCUUCACUGCCAGAGUUGGAGGCCGAAGUCUGAGCACCCCCAAUGCUCUCAGCUUUGGUUCUCCAACCAGUAGUGAUGACAUGACUCUGACAAGCCCUAGCAUGGAUAAUUCCAGUGCUGAGUUGAUACCUGGUGGGGACUCACCCCUGAAUAAAAGGAUGACGGAGAAUCUCCUGGCCAGCUUGUUGGAACACGAGCGGGAAGCGAUCCUGAACGUCCCUGCUGCCCAAAAUCCUGAGGAUCUUCGCAUGUUUGCAAGGGUUGUGAACUCCAUGCAAAUGUGAGACAAGGAGCGUGAGACACAGAGCCAGCCUUGAAACCUUUUGCAGAGCAGUCUGUGAACGUUUCAAGGUGUGUUUUGCAGCAGUGAGAGCUCCUUGUGUUAGGUUAAUUAGGUUGAAGGCAUUAGGGGGUGUGAUUAGUAGCACACAUUUUGUUGUUACGAAUUUCCACACAACAAUAACACACACGAUGUGGUUCUGCACGUGGUGAGGGCAGAAUGACUUCCUGAGCAGCCAUCUGGGAAGAAGGGAGGGAGGGGAGGAAAUGCUUUUUCUUCCUAAGGAUUGCAAAACUCAGUGGCAUCACUGGAAUGCAACUUUCACUGGUUUUCAUACUUGUGGGGCAGAAAACCACCCGAGGCAAGGGCUGCAGCUGUUCAAUACUCCUGGAUUCAGUUGGUAAUCCCCUGGAAAUCUGGUUCUCACCCUGGGGUGGAUACAGUCAGGUAGCCCAGGGAAACUGCAACAGCAGGAAAAUAUUUCCCUUGUCUGCAGUAGAGUACAGCUCAGGGACUUUGACAGAGCUCUCAAAGCUUGUGGGUAGUUACAGCUCUCUGAAUCACUUGUCUCCUUCAUCUUCUGCGACUGUUCAGAGGAUAUUCUCUGACUGAGAGGCAACAUUUUGGCCAUUUGAGAACUCUGAAGUGGUUUUUCCCUGUUACCUGCUAAGUCAUUACAAAACCAGUGAGAAAAGAAAGUAAAAACAACAUCAUAUUUAAUGAUAUCUUAAGACAGAAUUUGUGGGGGACUCUUUGGAGCAGUUCAGUGCCAAUGCAGAUUCUUAUUUAUCCUAGGGAGAGGAGAGCAUGUUGUGAUUGCUCCCCUCUCACUUCCCUCAUCUGGGUAAAGCAGCCAUUUGAAAAAGCUUUGGAACUGCAGAUGCAAAAAAUGACUCUGAUUCCUUUGUGAAAGCAGCUGCUGUGCCCAGGCAGCUCAGUGAUGUGAAUUGUGCAGUUUGCUCCUGCACCAGGUUCUUUUGCAGAUCCCCAGGAUGCCCUUGCUAGGUCUGAAUUUCCAGUGUGCUCCAGCUUGAACUGACAAGUGCUCAGGGUGCUCUCUGGGGCAGUGAGGAAGGGAGGAGACACAAUGAACAGAUGGGUCCUGUGGGCUCACACAGAAAUGUUCGUGAAAGACCCUCUUGGUUACCAGUGGCUGUAUUAGACACCAUAACUUGGAGGCUGUGGGUGUAUUUUCUCUCUUUUUGUGCCAUAAACCUCAGAAAUGAGUGUCUGGGUAACUCUGUUGCUCUCAGUGAAAGGGUGCAGAGCUGUGGAGAAGCUGCAGUGAGGGAGCUGAUCUCCCUCAUAACCCUCCUGCAGGUGCUGCACCAGCCCUUCCUCUCUGAGUUCUGAGGACCAGCAGCCCAAGGGAGGCUGUGCCCUGGCAAACAGCUCUGCUGGCUCAGCUGCCUCCCAGAGCAGAGUUGGUGCCCUAAA